CGAUGCGCCAUUGCUAAACGUAGUAAACGGAAAAGAAAGUGAAUAUAUUGCUGACAUAAAGUAAAGUAGUUCUACGUCAUUGAUGUACUUCGCUUUCAUAUAAGUGUUAUGUUCUUUAGUUAUUAUUUUUUUCUAUAAAGUGAUACAAAACUUGUACCAUGGCUCUGCCUCCAGAUUCCCAACGACCUUUUCGGCUUUACGUGACCCAUGUGGAUGGUGAGGGGCACUUUAUAAAGAUAAGUGGACAGCUAGAUCAGCAAUCUUCUCUUAUGGUGGAGAGCUUGUUCAAAACAGCCCGUGAAAAUUUGGAAAAAGGGAUCGGAGCUGUACCCCCGGCAGCUAUUCACGAAGGCAUUAUUUGUGCCGCCAAAUACAAAGAUGGAACAUACUACAGAGCAAAAAUUAUAAACAUUACGAAUCUCUCUACCGGUUUAGUCGGUGUGCAUUUUAUUGAUUUCGGCAACAAAGAUAUUAUUUCUAUAAGUACUAUACGUUUUUUAGACAACUAUGAUCCCAUGUUCUUACAAUUGCGAGGACAGGCCACAGAUUAUUACCUGGCUCGUGUUAUGCAUCCAUCAGGACGAUGGGAAGAGCCCUUGCUGCUUAAAUUACAAAGUCUUCUGUGCAACGCGGAAUACCCUGCGGCAGUCGAAGCGCAUACACGAUCAUUACCUAUAAUUUCCAUUCAAUUUAAAGGAAACGACCUUUCAACUCAUCUAGUCUCCAAUCGACUUGGAAUUGCGUUGCCUGUACCUAAACAAGAAGUUUUGCUGUUGCAAAUGAAUGAAAACCAAGGCAACUGGUCCCCAACCUUGUUAGCUGAUCCUCCAGUUUUCACAGAACAUGUACCAUUCCUAAUUAAUCAGAACUUUCCCAAUCCUGCAUCUGCUAUGCGUUUGAAUCAUAAUGUUGCACUGCCAUACAAUGGUGCACCUGUUCAUGGAGUGAGUCAAAGACUGUUAGUGAAUAAGACAUCAAGAAAUGUGGUGAACCUUAGAGCUCCAGUGCGUCAACCUCAACAUGCUGUGCCUAGUGCAGUGCCACCGCCUGCAACACCGCCACCUACUACAGUGGCUGCUAACAAGCCAGUCUCACCCAAAAAAUCAAUAACAUACAAAAGUAGACUCCUCGAAGUCAAUUCACAGCACAAAGUUUUUGUAUCAUUCGCUGAAGAGGGCCCUGAACUAUUUGCAGUGCAACUGGUUGCUGAUGGAAAGAAAUUACAGGACAUGAUGGAUGAUAUUAAUAGAAGGCCGCAUAGCAGUCUUGCCGAACCACCGAUGAUCGGAACAGUGUGCCUUGGCAGAAUGUCUGGUGACAGAAUAAUAUGCAGAGCCAUAGUCAUGAAUCUAUCUGGAUCAAACUGCAAAUUAUUCUUUGUGGAUUUUGGGGAUACUGAAAUGGUAUCCUACUAUGACAUAUUUGAUAUUCCAGAGGAAUUUGUUAAGCCUAAUAUAUUUGCUAUGCGUUUCUGUUUGUCUGGGGUUAAGAAGUUGGAAAAGAACCCACAACUCAACAAGGCUUUUAAACAAUUAGUCAAUGGGAAAGUAUUGACUUUACGUGUUGUAUCUCCAGAGGGGCCUCCACUGAUCCAAUAUGGUGAAUUAUUCCUGGACAAUAAAAAUGUGUUAGAUUUAUUAAUGACAAAUGUGAAAGAUAAUCUUCAAUUUAAAUGGAUGGGGAUGCUGCCUUUGGGUAGCAGGCAAUCAGUCUUGGUGUCAUAUGUUGACAGUUGUAUAAAGUUUUACGUACAACUAUCAGAUAACAUAGACAAGUUAAAUGCAGUCAUGGAUGCUGUUAAAGCUCAUUGUGAGAAUAGUUCAUCACCCGGAGAGUUGCCAGUUGGUGCAGCAUGCUGUGCUAGGUUCCCCGACGAUGACAACUGGUAUAGAGCAAUAGUUAGAGAUAUGAAAGGCAACCGUGUAGUGGUUGCAUAUGUUGACUAUGGGAAUGAACAGGAGGUGAAUGUGGAAGAUUUAAGGACUAUUACCUCGGAUUUAAUAAGACUGCCAGCCCAAGCCAUGAAAUGUGCAUUGAAGGGCUUUGAAAACAGACCAGUUGAGACAAAAACGUCAAACCAACUGGAAAUGAUAGCAUUAGAAAAGACUUUAAUGGCUCACGUAGUUGGUGUGCUGUCAAAUGACACCAUGAUAGUAACUCUAGUAGAUGACACAGACGUCCCACCUCUCGAUGUCGCCAGAAAGAUGAACCAGCUUUCACAACCCAGGAGUGUUGAGGCUAAAGCCACAGCACCCAUUCAGAAAGCGACAGAAACCAUCAGUUCGCCAGAAGGCAGCGUUCUAGAUGACGGUCGAAAGAAAAGCUUCCGCCGAGAGAAGAGCUUCAAAGAAGAGAGGAGACCUAGGGAUGGGGAAGAAUUGGGACAGAGAGGCGGCAGUUUCCGUGGCAGAGAUCAAAAAGAAAAUUUUGAGAGGUCAGCACCUGGCCGUCACAGUGAAAAGUAUGGCGGGAAACCGGAACGUGGGGAACGAGGCGAAAGACGCGGUCCACCCAGGCCACCUCGUGAGAACCAUACGCCUGUGUCGCCUCCUGCGGCUGAAGACGAGUGGGAGGAGUCCCCAGCACAGCCGACCAUGCCGCAGCCGGCAUCCUCCAGACCUAUGAGAGAUAGAGAUAACACGAGAGACAGAAGAAAACCUAGAACGGACCAUCAUGACAAAAAGGGGGCAUGGAAGAAGGAGGGGAGCGGGGUCGGCAAACGGCUUAAACAGGCUGCAGAGGCGGCGUCCUUAGAUGCUCAAAUGCAAACCGGGGCCCAGCAUAAGGGUUCAUCUAUACAAGAACGGUUAAAACGAGACAAUAAGUUCGGUCACCAAGAUGAGGACAAUCAAAAUAAUGAUAGAGGGAGAAAUUUUAGACAAGACCGAGACAGACAAGAUAGGCAAGACAGACCCUUCAGACCGGACAAUCGGGGUGAAAGACGUGACAAUUGGGGUGAUAAAAAGGAAGGUUGGAAUCAAAAGCGUGAUUUCCGCGACAAUAGGAGCGAAAGAGGAGAAAGAAAUGACAGAGGCGAGCGUGGAAGUCGGAGUAACUUCACGCCAAGAGACCGCGCAGACAGACUGGACAGAUCGCAGCAUUCCGACAGCGACAAAAGAUCUGAAAGAAGCUUCCGAAAUCAAGGCAGCGGCGACAACUCUGGUCGGGGACCACCGUUCAAGAGCCGAAGUAAAUUUACUCAAGUUCAAUGCAAAGAACUAUCAGAUCCCAUGCCCUUUGAAACUCCUUUCGCAGAACCCUCAAUAGAAAUAGGAUCCCAACAGGAAGUGUCCAUAACGUGGAUAGUCUCCCCAGAAAACUUUCAUACCCAGAUUGUGUCGCUGCAGUCUAAAUUUAUAGAAAUGAUGCACAGGAUUCCGGAAAUGUACAAGGGAGUUAAGCCUUUUACGGGUGACAUUCCAAUUGGAUCAUCAGUUUUGGCGCGGUAUCCAGCCGAUGGUGUAUUAUACAGAGCUACCGUUGUAUCCGUGCAGCCUUUCUCCAAAUUCAUUGUCCGUUACGUGGACUAUGGCAAUAAACAAUUGGUGGACGCACGAGACAUAUGGCAAAUAGAAAGAGAACUAAUGGAGCUUCCGAAAAUGGCCGUUCACUGUUCCUUGACUGGCGUAGGACCAAAGGAAGGCAAAUGGAAGGCCGAUCCUGAAAUAGACCUCUGUUUUAACGCGCCGCGAUAUCAAUGUAUAUUCCAGGAUUAUGCAGAUGAACAAUACAAGGUUUCGCUAUGGAAUAAUGGCGUAAGCACAGCCGAUAUGUUGGUCGAAAAACAGUUAGCCGUCAUGGCUGAGAGUCAGUCCACGGUCACACUGAAAGAUGAAGCGAUCGAUCUGACGAUUAUUGUCGGGCAGCAGAUACUGUGCCGGGUGACACACGUCGAAUCGUAUGACAAAUUCUUUGUUCAAUUGGACUUGGAAAAGGCUGAUUUGGUUGAGAGCGCUAUUGCUAACUUUGAUGUAACAAAGCUAACUCCACUAAGCUCUGACAGUCUUACUGACGGAGUCCAUUGCACGGUGAAGCAUGAGGACAAAAUAUACCGAGCCAUACUAAACGACGUGUCCGAUCCGGCCAAUAUACAAGCCGUAUUACCAGACUUUGGCAACGUUAUUUCUACUUCCAUGGACAAUCUAAUGAUACUUCCUACCGAACUAAGCGUAUACUACUAUCAGUCGUUGCAAUGCCGUUUGAACAAUUACAACGAGGAAUCGAAAACUUUGAUGUCCCUUGAUGAGUUGAAGAGCAAAUUGACGGGAAAUAAAUUCAUUAUAUACGUCAACGAAGUAGAUGAAAUCAUAUUGGUGUCCACUCUAUAUGAAUCGGUGACCGGCAAGAAGAUUGCAAUAUUCGAGCCGGACGAGGGAGCUUACGAUGAGGUGGUACAGUUUUGUACGCGGGCCGUCUUCAACUAUAACUUCGGAAAUUCAUACGUUGCGCAUAUAGAGAACCUCAACGAGUUCUAUCUACAGAAGGCAGCAGAUGGUCUCAGGAUAGCCCUACUGUUGGAGCAGUUGUACAAAUUCUAUGAAGAAGGAACACCAGAGCCUCUCACCGAGUUCGAAGUCGAGGCGCUCUGUGCGGCGAAGUCUGCUGACAGCAACUGGUACAGAGCGACAAUCAUCAGCUCCACCGACGAGAAAGUCAAAGUACAGUUCUCAGAUUAUGGCAACUCUGAAACAGUGGCUAAAGAUGCGAUCAAGAAACUCGAUCCCCAAUUCUUUGAACCAUGCUGCCUGGCUCUCGUUGCCAGCUUGGGUCUUGUGGCUUUACAAGAGGAUGCAGUCGCGAAACUGACUGAAUGGACGAUGGAGAAGGAAAUUCAAGUGACCCUCGCUUUCGGUUCCGACGGAUGGCUGGCCAACCUUCAUUUAGACGGUGUCGAUCUAUCUGUGAAACUGGUGAACGAGAAAUUAGCGGCGCCACAAGUCGUCUCCGAAGAAGUUCCCGAAGAACACAAACCCGAAGAGGAAGCACCCGUCGAGGAACCUAUUUCGUUGCCAGCGGGAUGCUCUCAAGUAUACAUAAGCCACAUCGAUAGUCCCGGACAGUUUUGGCUCCAAAUGCUAGAUAAGGUGGAGAAAGUCGAUGAAAUUCAGGCUGAACUGCAAACAAAUGCGGAGAGCUACGCAGAUAUCGAAACGCGCGAGAUGGGAACUUUAUGCGUCGCUAAAUAUUCGGUGGAUGACCUAUGGUACCGCGCCGAGAUAUUGGAUUCAGAUUCCGAUAUUAUAACUAUACGCUUCGUAGACUACGGCAAUACAGAUGUUUUAGACAAUCAGCCAGGAUUGAUAAAAAUCAUUCCAGAUCAUCUGAAGGAAAUCGAAAGGCAUGCGUUCAAGGCCAGCGUCAAUGCGAUACCGACCGGUACUGGACAAUGGUCAGAGCCGGCUUCAGACUACUUCACUAAACUAGUAGGCGAUUUAUCAGCGCCUGUGGACGCGUUAGUUGUCCUCAAGGACGUGACGACAUACGUCGACAUUUUUGUGAAUGGGCAAAAUUUAACAGACAAAUUGGUCUCCGAGGGUCACGCGACGAGGUCUGAAGAGAGCGAGUGCGGAAACUACCCGUCCUGUUUCGCGAGUCACGUCAACUCUCCCUCUGAGUUUUGGAUUCAACUCGAAAGUGCAGCUCCAGAGUUACAGUCUAUGGAGACUGCUAUGGUCGACGCUGAAAACUUCCCUGAACUAACAGCCAAGGAAGAGGGAGUUCUCUGUGCUGCGAAGUAUCCCGAAGAUGGUGCUUGGUAUCGCGCACAAGUCAUCGUUGACGGAUCAAAGGGCACAGAAGUCCUUUUCAUGGAUUAUGGUAAUGCCUCCAUCGUAAACGAGUUGCGUAGCCUACCGGAUGAGCUUCAAUCUAAACCAGCGCUUUCAAGAAAAUGCGCUUUGCAAAAACCUCCCCACGUCAAGGCUUGGUCUCGAAAGUCCGAAGUAAAAUUUAAUGAUUUAGCUGCUGAGGGAGCUACGAUAUUCAACGUUCAGUUUGUGGCGGCUGGAGAUAUAUCUAUCGUUGACCUCUUCCUUGAAGGCAAAUCUGUUUCAGAUGAGUUGGCCGCUCUUUGCGAGGAACACCCGGCGUCUGAGAGGCCGACACCAGUCGGUCAAGACCUACACAGUAGUGGGAAAAUCUGCUUCGUAAAUUCUUUAGAAGAGUUUUACGUGCAACUUGACGAUUCUUUAACAGAUCUCGAUAAGGUUACGGAAAGAUUAAAUAACGGAGGUGAAUUUGAGCCUAUUGGGGAUCUCAGGGUGGGCUCUAUUUGCACCGCCUUCUGGAGCGAGGAUGAAAAAUGGUAUAGGUGUAAAAUAUUAGAAUUUUGUGAUGUUGGCUAUCACGUUCAAUUUAUAGACUACGGCAAUAAAGCCAAGUGCGAUGAAUUCAGACAGUUGCCUGAAGACAUAGCGGUUAUAGAACCCCUGGCCAAGUGUUGUCGUCUAACAGGAUUCUCGGAUGACGCUUCAAAUGAAUCUGCUAAAUCUAAACUAGAAGACUUAGAAGCGGAACUUGUAACAUUUGAAAUAGAAUUUUUAGAUAGUUUAAAGGAGCCUUCUCUUGUUCGGUUAUUGCUAAAUGGAACAGAUAUAAGUUGCAUCCUCAAAUCCGACUCGCCAGUACCAAAUACAGAAAAUGACAAUGCAUUUGAUCAGAAAGAACCACUCACAGAGAGUGUAGUUGAACCAGAAGAACAAGUGAAUGAUAGUAUAAUUGAACAAACAGAUCAAUUAAAGGAUAGCUUAGUCGAACAAAAAGAAGAAGUCACCGAAAAGCAACCAGAUGCUGAAGUAAACGGUGAUGACUUCCAAGAUGCAGAAAAUAUCAUUGGAAGUGAAGCCAGUGAUUUAGAUUCAUCGCAGCAUGAUUCGAUUGCAGGAGUUAGCAGUAUUAAUACAGUUAUAGAAAAAUCAUUUAAGGAAAAAGACCUCUCGAUAACCGACGCUGUAUCAGAAGAAACAGUCAAUAAAAUGUCCUCACCUGAAAAAGAAGUUUCUGAGGUCACAAAAUCAUUGACACCUCUCGAGGAGAGUAAAACAUCUACACCAGAGAAAGAAUCGCCUGAUAUAACACGCCCCAUUUCUACUGCACCUGAAGUAGAAACGCUUGGUGAUAAAACACCAUCUACGCCUGAAAAAAAAGUAUCUAUCAAAAGCUUAAAUGACUCAUCGAAAACAGAAAAAGAAGAGUCAAGCGAAUCAUUGAAUACAGAUACAGGCUAUGUUAGUGAAAGCAAUAACGAGAAAUCUACUAAAGAACCAAUUUCGCCAGUCAAAAGUGCAGAAGCUCAUGACGAGAAACCUAUAGUUGUAGAAUAAAUGUAAAUAUGGACUGUUAUAACUUUUACCUAUGGACACUUUAAUGAGUUUGUACAGACGGGUAUAAUGGCUAGAAACACCUAUUUCGGUAACGAUUUAAAGUCAACUUUAUCUACUAAGAAAAGGAAAGUUCAGUAGGGCUAACAUACGCGCCAUCACUUAAUGAUGUCUACCCAUUCGCUCGUUUUAUCACAUAGAAAUAGGACGACAAAUUGGAAGACAUAAUAAUUUCGUGGCGCAAACUACAGAUCAUUCUAUCCAUCUGCACUGACGCUAAUAACUUUUAUUUUUUUACUUGUGAUACACUUUGUCUUAUUUUAGCUAUAGUUAAAAUAUUUCAUAACUUUAUUUAAAAUAAAAAUAGAUUAUAGGGUACUGAUAAACAGUUGAUUAGAACAUUACACCUGACUGGAUUUCAGAUGUAAUAAUAUAUUGUUUUUAGUGUUAUGUCUUACGCACAUUGCCUAGCAUUGCUUGAGCGAAUUAUCGAUUGCUCAAGCGCAUAAUUGAUUAAAACGGUUGUACUGUA